CCCUGCACCCCAUGGGAGACCAGGAUAAGUACCUGGCUCUUGCCUUCAGAUCAGCGCAAUGCGCCGGCCACAGCGGCCAUUGGAGGAUGAACCAACGACAAAAGGAAGACCUUUCUCUCUGUCUCUCUCUCUCUGUCCACUCUGCCUGUCAAAAAGAAAAAAAAAAAAGAAGCAACCAAAUUAUCAUAUAAUAUAUUUAACUUUUAAAAGUCCACUUUAAAUGAACCAGAGUCAGAAAUAUGUAAGGGCCAGUGGUGUGGCAUAGCAGGUAAAGCUACUGCCUGUGACACCAGUAUCCCAUAUGUGUUCUGAUUUGAGUCCUGGCUGCUCCACUUCCAAUACAGCUUCCUGCUGAUGGCUUGGGAAAGCAGCAGAAGAGGGCCCAAGUGUUUAGGACCCUGCACCAAGGAAGCCAGGAGGAAGCUGGCUGCUGGCUCUGGCAUGGCCCAGCCCUGGCCAUUGCAGCUCUCUGAGGUGGUGAACCUGCAGAUGGAAGAUUCUCUCUCUCUCUCUCUCUUUUUCUCUCUGUACUUUUGAUUUUCAAAUAAAUAAGUCUUUAAAAUGAUUUAAAAAAAAUCAGUAUUGUAAGGCCAAGUAUUAUUUGCGUAACUUGUUUUUCUUAAGGCAUAUUAAACGCACUUACAGACAUUUACCUUUAACCUUUUAAAACUAACACUCUUAGAGAUAUUUUAAUUCUGUUACCAGUAAGAUUAAUGUGUUACUUAGUAAAUCUGAUAACUACUCUGGCAGCUCUGUCAUUGGGAGAUCUAUCAGAAGAGCCCAAGACUUACCUGGAAGCAGGUAGUGGGAGAUGGAGAAUCUGUGAGCUGUUGACCAGCGUUCCUUCUGAGGCAGCAAGUACUACAAGCUGGGUACAUUGCCUCCUAAUUCCACAGAAUCCUACAAAUGCCAUUUAAGCUGUCAGCUACCACCCGAUUCUUUUCCAGCUAAUUCCUCAUCCCUAGACCUUUCAGAGACCCAUAAUUUUAAGACAUUUUACUCUAUAUUUGUAUAAUAAUUUUAAAAUAUAUUUAUUGCAGCCUUCAGCCUUUGUAAUUCUCGUUGGAGAGCUAUUAUGCGUCCUGAGGAGUAAUGCUUAAGGGGGAAAUGCUUUCUUUCCAAACAGAAUUAAGUGCAUCUGAUUUGCACAUGAAUGAUUUUUAGUGUCAAUAUUUUUCUGUUUUUUACUUUCCCUUUUAUAACUGUAAAUGUUGGUAUGAGUUUUAAAAUUCAUUAUUAAAAAUACAUUAAAAUUUCAUCGAAGUCUGCUUUAAAAUUAAAUUAGAAAAAAUCUCAAAUCAUCUCUGCAUUUUAAAUCUCAAGGUUAAAUUCAUAGUUGCUGCAUGUUAACUUGCUGCCUUUCUUGUUAUAAUGGGAAAUAACAUCUCCCCUGAGCCACUAACAUUAGGUGAAUGUUUUAUCGUUACUGUCAGCAGGGCUUUUUAAAGGCGAUGGUCAAGCCAGUUUAAUCAGUUGACAAAAUCCUAGGCAUUAACAAGCAUAUGAAAGUAAGGAGGAAAAAAUUUGUUAAUCCCUAGACUUUGUUUUUUCUGUUGGCCCAAGAAUUCAUUUUGCUUCAGCUUAAUUACUUUACAUGCAUUCUUGUGACGUUACACAAUUGGAGAGGAAGAAAAAGGAGCCGUGACUGUGUGGUGUGUGUCUAAAAGCCUGUUAGAGAGGGAGAGGAGGACGCAUAAGCAAGCUGGUUUGACCAGAAACAGAACUGCCUGUGACAGAUUAAGAGACAAGCAAGGCUUGGAAUCUGAGAGCAAGCAGAGUGGAAAUUUACAGCUGCUCUAUGUGAGUGUUCAAGUGAUCAUUUUCUACUAACCUUUUCCGGUGGUAACUGUUACUCUUCAAAGAGGGACAGAAAGUCAAGACGGAAUUGUGGAAACUUCUCGGUCACACUUUGGUAAUAGGAGGCAACCUCUGUUAAAUGGAAGAUAAAGGAUCCUCGUCUGAAGCGCUUUGAGCUCCAGAAAGAGCUGUCUUCAGCACCUCACCAUGUGUCUACUUUUUGUUGCUUAGACAAUCCUGGGCGUUUUUCUAGCAUUUGCAUUCCAUAUUGGAAGAAGAGAUUUUUAUACCUGAAAAAAGAUGCCUUUGUUUAGUAAAUCACAUAAGAAUCCAGCAGAAAUUGUGAAAAUUCUGAAAGACAACAUGGCCAUUUUGGAAAAGCAAGACAAAAAGACAGACAAGGCUUCAGAAGAAGUGUCGAAGUCACUGCAAGCCAUGAAAGAAAUUCUGUGUGGUACAAAUGACAAGGAACCCCCAACAGAAGCAGUGGCUCAGCUCGCACAGGAGCUGUACAACAGUGGGCUGCUGGUGACCCUGAUAGCUGACCUGCAGCUGAUCGACUUUGAGGGAAAAAAAGAUGUGACCCAGAUAUUUAACAACAUCCUGAGAAGACAGAUCGGUACUCGGAGCCCUACCGUGGAGUACAUCAGUGCUCAUCCUCACAUCCUGUUCAUGCUCCUCAGAGGAUAUGAAGCCCCACAAAUUGCCUUGCGUUGUGGGAUUAUGCUGAGAGAAUGCAUUCGACAUGAACCGCUUGCCAAAAUCAUCCUCUUUUCCAAUCAGUUCCGAGAUUUUUUUAAGUACGUGGAGUUGUCAACAUUUGAUAUUGCCUCAGAUGCCUUUGCUACUUUUAAGGAUUUACUAACCAGACAUAAAGUAUUGGUAGCAGACUUCUUAGAACAAAAUUAUGACACAAUUUUUGAAGACUAUGAGAAAUUGCUUCAGUCUGAGAAUUAUGUGACUAAGAGACAAUCCUUAAAGUUGCUGGGUGAGCUCAUCCUGGACCGCCACAACUUUGCCAUUAUGACCAAGUACAUCAGCAAGCCAGAGAACCUGAAGCUGAUGAUGAACCUUCUCCGAGACAAAAGUCCCAACAUCCAGUUUGAAGCCUUUCAUGUCUUUAAGGUGUUUGUGGCCAGUCCUCACAAAACACAGCCUAUUGUGGAGAUUCUAUUAAAAAAUCAACCCAAGCUCAUUGAGUUUCUGAGCAGCUUCCAGAAGGAGAGGACAGACGAUGAGCAGUUCAGUGACGAGAAGAACUACCUGAUUAAACAGAUCCGCGACUUGAAGAGGGCUGCCCCCUGAAGAGCCCGGGUCACCACCGCCGCCACUGUCGCCGUGUCCUUCUGGGUCAUCGGGUCACAUCGUUCUGGGGAAGGCUGUGGAGGUGCCUCUUUUUUCUCAAUUAAUUGUUCAGGGUAGAUGGAGCAUAAGCUCCGUAAGUUGGAAUGGAAACCAUUAACCUAGAAUAAUAUAUUCAUUCUAAUCAA